ACUAUGAAGGAAUUAAAAGAAGUGGACUUGUACCGCGAUACGCCUGUCAGAUAUUUAGGAUAUGCAAAUGAGGUUGGAGAGGCUUUCAGAUGUAUAGUUCCAAAUUCAAUUGUAAAUCUAAGUUAUGUUGUAGCCAGUGGAUAUGUUCUUGCUGAUACAAUUAACAGUGGCUUAAAAAGUUACAAAAGUAAUGAUACUCCAAAUGCAAUAAAAUGUACUUUGCUCUCUAUGACAGACACCUUAUUGUGGCAGUCAUUUGCAUCUGUACUCAUUCCAGGUUUCACAAUUAAUAGAAUUUGUACUGCUGUACAAUUUGUGCAAAGAAGAAGCAAUAUUUUGGCCAUAAAAAGUCGGUGGAUUCCAACCGUUAUUGGUUUAGCAACAAUACCUUUUAUAAUUCAUCCCAUAGAUCAUAUAGUAGAGGAAGCAAUGAAUGUUACAUAUAGAGAGUGGAUAGGACAUUAUCCAAAAUGACCAUCAAUAAGAAAUGUAUAAUUUUGCAGGGCUUCCUGAGGACAGAUCAUAGAUCUACUCAGCAUUC